CAUUAAACCAUUAAAACGUUGAAAUCUUUUGAACCUGCGAAGUACUGAUUAUUUCUCCAUAUUUCGCAUCCUAUUUGUUUUCUUGAAAAGGUAGGUCUUGCACUGAAAUUACUUUUUACAUUUAGCAAUUAUUAACAACUUUAUUAAAGCGAAAACAUUGAAACAGAAAUCGAAUGCAUACAGAAUAGGAUACGAUAAUUGCCUCGUUUCGUUUUGACAGUCAUCCCGUUGUAAUUCUGUUUGACUAAUCAUUAAAUUGACCAUUUCAUAUGGCUUAUAACAAAUUCGACAAUACAUCACAAGGUGCUGAAGGAAUGAAUCCAGAUACAUCCAACGAAGGCGAAGCUGGCUCAUCCACCUCUCGAAGUGAAUUGAAUGUUUUGCCUUCAGCUGUUCGUACGGUCGAUUCUCCUUUUGGAAAAUUAAGAAUUCCAUCUGAUUUGGAGAAAAUUGAAAUUGCUUUUUAACUUUGGCCACUAUCAGUACUCUUGUUGUAAUAGCAGUUGCAAUUUAUCGUCUUACUAACACCAUUGAUGAAUCAGAUUCAUCAUUAGCAUUGGUGCUUAUUAUCAAUUCAGUAUUUUGUCUGGUAUACAUAUAUCAUGGAGUGUUUGGAGAGAGACCCUUCCAGCUAGGGGCAUUUAUGGUUGCCAUAGUGAUGGUGUCUAUAUAUUGCAUUAUCCAGUUUGUUAAUAAAAGAACAACUGUCUUGAUGGUUCGUCUCAUUAUAUUGCUGGUACUAGGAGCAGUGGAUCUAGGGCUCUGCCUUAAAAUUGCAUACGAGCAUUAUACAACGAAAAACCUCAUAAUCAGAACAGUUCGUUCGGCAAACAUAACUUUCCAAAAUAUGUGCAUGAACAUGUUUGCUUUUCAUACACUGCUCUUAUUGGAGUUUGAAAUUUCGAUAUCUUUAAUUGUGCUGGUCUUGACUUCUGGAGUGGAAAAGGCGAAUGAUGCUGAAAUAGUUAUUCUUUGUGUUGGUAUAUUUGUCGGAAUAAUUUGGCUUAUUGUUGGAUAUCUUGUGCCCAAAUACGAGGAAAGAACAUGGCUCUUGGCAUUUUUUCUUCUUAGCAUUCCACAGCCAAUUUAUGCAUUUUAUAAGAUCAUCAAGACUGGGAUAGAUUGGAAGAAGCACGAUAAAACUAUCAAUAUCUUCAUUAUGGUUUGUGCAAUAUUAUACUUGGUUAUACGAUGUUUGGUAUCGUUCUUUCUUUGGAUCGUAGUCCGCAACUUUGGGAAAGGAUUGAGAGAAGCAGUUUAUUACCCCGAUGAAAAGAAACGAAGUAAUUGCGAAGAGCCAGACGGCAAACCUUCCAACAAACCAACAAAUUCAAAUGACGAUUAUCUUGGAGAAAAUGUGAAUUAUGAUGUUCAUGACUGAAGAUUGCGAAUUUUUCGUAAGAAUUUUAUUUCUGUAAUUAUAGAUAUGUCUGGUAGGAGAAUGAACUUCGUUUAAAUAAUAUUUUUAAGAUUGUUUACUUAGACUUUUUGGGAAAUCAAGAAAAUGCACUAUGUGUAAAAUAAAGUGACACGAUAGUCUAGAAAAAUUGACAAUAAGUUCUUACUUCAAUGUAAUAUGUUGUACAUAACCAUGUAAACCUCGCUUGGUAAACCACAUAUCAAAACAUAGCGACGGCCCAGCUAGAAAUAACUAUCUUUUAAUACAAUCAUUAGAUAGAUAA